AUCUCUACUGUUUCCUCCUGCCUGUACUAAAUAACCAUGUCAUCAGAAUCGAGCAAGAAACGUAAGCCGAAGGUGAUCCGAAGUGAUGGAGCCCCAACGGAAGGGAAGCGAAACCGAUCUGAUGCCGAGCAGGAGGGCAAAUACUACAGUGAGGAGGCUGAAGUGGACCUGCGGGACCCUGGCAGAGACUAUGAACUGUACAAGUACACGUGCCAGGAGCUGCAGAGGCUCAUGGCUGAAAUCCAGGACCUGAAAAGCCGGGGAGGCAAGGAUAUGGCAGUUGAGAUUGAAGAUCGGAGGAUCCAGAGUUGUGUGCACUUCAUGACUCUAAAGAAACUUAACCGAUUAGCCCACAUCCGGUUGAAGAAAGGAAGAGAUCAAACCCAUGAGGCCAAGCAGAAGGUAGACGCGUACCACCUGCAGCUCCAGAACCUAUUGUAUGAGGUGAUGCACCUGCAGAAGGAGAUCACCAAGUGUCUGGAGUUUAAAUCAAAGCAUGAAGAAAUUGAUCUGGUCAGCAUAGAGGAAUUUUAUAUGGAGGCUCCCCCAGAGAUUAGCAAUGCUGAAGUCACCAUGGGAGACCCUCACCAACAAACCCUGGCCCGUCUGGACUGGGAGUUAGAGCAGCGGAAAAGGCUGGCAGAGAAGUACCGAGAGUCCCUCUCCAACAAGGAGAAGAUCCUCAAGGAGAUUGAGGUAAAGAAGGAGUAUCUGAGCAGCCUCCAGCCCCGUCUCAACAGCAUCAUGCAGGCAUCCCUCCCAGUGCAGGAGUACUUGUUCAUGCCAUUUGACCAGGCUCACAAGCAGUAUGAAACAGCCAGACACCUGCCGCCUCCCCUCUACGUCCUCUUUGUCCAGGCCACUGCCUAUGGGCAGGCUUGUGCUCAUAUGAAAUCCUCUCAGCCCUCUAGACAGGAUAAGACAUUGUCUGUGGCUAUCGAAGGCAGCGUGGACGAAGCCAAGGCUCUGUUCAAGCCUCCCGAGGACUCCCAAGAUGAUGAAAGCGACUCGGAUGCUGAAGAGGAACAAACCACGAAACGCCGGCGACCCACGCUGGGAGUUCAGUUGGAUGACAAGCGCAAGGAGAUGCUGAAGAGGCACCCCCUGUCCGUCAUACUGGACCUGAAGUGCAAAGAUGACAGUAUGAUUCACCUGACUUUCUAUUACCUCAUGAACCUCAACAUCAUGACAGUGAAAGCCAAAGUGACCACGGCGUCGGAGCUGAUCACCCCCUUAAGUGCAGGGGACUUGCUAUCUCCUGACUCAGUCCUGAGCUGUCUGUAUCCUGGGGACCAUGGAAAGAAAACUCCAAAUCCAGCCAAUCAGUAUCAGUUUGAUAAAGUUGGCAUCCUGACUUUGCGAGACUAUGUACUUGACCUCGGUCACCCAUACUUGUGGGUACAGAAAUUGGGCGGCCUCCACUUCCCCAAAGAGCAGCCCCAGCACACCGUGAUCGCUGACCAUUCCCUGAGCUCCAGCCACAUGGAGAGCACCAUGAAGCUGCUGAGGACCAGGGUGCAGUCCCGCAUGGCCCUCCACAAGCAGUUCGCAUCCCUGGAACAUGGCAUUGUACCAGUGACCAGCGACUGCCAGUACCUCUUCCCUGUAAAGGUCGUCUCUCGCCUGGUGAAGUGGGUGACUCUUGCGUAUGAUGAUUACCUGGAGCUGCAUUUCACCAAAGACAUUGUGGAGGCAGGACUGGCUGGGGACACCAAUCUCUAUUACAUGGCGCUCGUGGAGAGGGGCACAGCCAAACUACAGGCUGCGGUGGUUUUGAACCCUGGCUACUCUUCCAUCCCACCCAUCUUCCGGCUUUGUCUGAACUGGAAAGGGGAAAAAAACAACAGCAAUGAUGACAAUAUUCGGGCCAUGGAGAGCGAGGUGAAUGUGUGCUAUAAGGAGCUGUGCGGCCCCCGGCCCGGCCACCAACUCUUGACCAACCAGCUGCAGCGGCUGUGCGUGCUGCUGGACGUCUACCUGGAGACCGAGAGCCAUGAUGACAGCGUGGAGGGGCCCAAGGAAUUUCCGCAGGAGAAGAUGUGCCUUCGACUUUUUCGGGGUCCUAGCAGGAUGAAGCCUUUUAAAUAUAACCAUCCACAAGGAUUCUUCAGUCAUCGCUGACUGCCGCCCGCUGGUUCCCCCCUCCGACCCCCCACCCAACAUGUACCCUCUGCUUUCAGCUCUGGCCCACAUGUGGCUCUUGUUGUUCUCUAAAGACUGGGGGCAGUUUUUUGCGUGUGUGUGUUUUUUUAGCCUAUUAAAUUGUCACCUGACCAAGUG